AUGCUUUGCCAGAUGCUUCAGGCUCUUGAUUAUCUAACAUCAAUCAGAAUUGUUCAUCGAAACAUAAAGCCAGAGAAUAUUCUCUAUGUUAGAGAGCCAGGCGAUCAGUGCACUUUCCAGCUUAGGGAUUUCAGUCUUUCCAAAAGACUUGCUGCUGCAGAAACUGUGAUUAGCACUUAUUAUUAUGCAGCCCCUGAACUGUUUGAUAGCUCUCUGUCUAAGCUUUAG